GGUGGCAGCUGGGGCCCCAGAAUGACUAGGGAAAUUUCAUCUCUGUGUUCACUCUUCAGAGAUCAGCCCUUUCUCUCUGCAGCUGGAGAGACGGGUAAGCAGAGCUGGGUCCAGGUGCUUCUGGGUUCUCAUCAGUGUGUUAAGUGCAAUGACCUAUUUAAAGUAAACCCAUUCCACCUACACUAGUUUGGGGCUUCUCCAAGCACUGCCUCCCUCCCGCUCUGUCCAAGUUGCCUGGACCAUAAGCUCAACUUGAGAGGGAAGGCCUUGGGUUGAGGAUUUGUGGUCAGAAAAACUAAAGAUGGAAGUUUGGGUCUGUACUAAUAUGUAUUAGACACGGGUCCUCACCCUGUGUCCUGAGCCUGAGUCAUUUUUCUUUUUCCAGUGACCCUGCCCCUGCCCCCACCUACUUAUCCUAGACAUGACAACAUGUGGCCUGACAGUCCCAGCCCCAACCCUAAAGGUCAUCCCUCCAACACCACCAAAUUUGGGGGCCCAAGGGCAGUGCCUGGUGCCGCUCCCAUCUGCUGUCCCCUCUCCUCCCUCCUGCAAUUGGUUUGUACUCAUUGGGCUGUGCUCUCUUUUCCCUGAUUACCUGAUGUAUGGAAAUAAAUGUCCUUUUCCUCCUA